AUGACAUGGAUUGCAGGUAGACAGGGAUUUGGACCUGGAGAUCAAGACUGGGGAUAUGUAACAGUAAGAAAGAAGGCUCACAUGUUUUGGUGGCUUUUUUAUUUCAACCCUCCAAUAAAAUCAAAAGACUUUAAUGUAUUCCAAAAACCAUUGCUUAUUUGGCUACAAGGAGGUCCUGGAGUUUCUUCAACAGGAUUUGGAAAUUUCGAAGAAAUCGGACCACUUGAUGUUCAUUUCAAUCCAAGAAAUUCCACUUGGGUUCAUUAUUACAAUAUUUUAUUCAUUGAUCAACCAGUGGGAACUGGAUUUAGUUACGUGGAUUCACGAGCAAACGAUUCAUCAAACAGAAUAUUCCCUUUACAAAAUGUUCGAGAUAUUUUUAAUUGUAUCAAAAAAAUAUGGAAAAGAUUCAAAGAAUUUGAAACAAUUCCUACAUAUAUUAUAGGUGAAUCUUAUGGAGGGAGAGUGGUAGUUAAAUUAGCUCAGAUGUGGUAUCAGAAACAGAACUCCGGAUGGAUUAAAAGUAAUCUAAAAGGAAUCGCUUUAGGCAAUGCAUGGAUUUCACCAAUGGAUUCAAUUCGUUCGUGGGCACCAUAUUUAUUGGAAAUGGGUAUGAUAGAUACUGUGGGUUUCACAACAAUAGAAGAUCAUGUGCGGAAAAUUGUAUCAGCUGUAGAUGGCAAAAAGUGGAUCUUAGCAAAAAAAUCAAUGGACAAUGCAAUAGAUGUUAUUUAUACACUUACUUAUGAUGCUAACAUAUACAAUAUUUUAAUAGAACAAAAAUCAAAGAGCUGUUCACAUAAUAGGAAUCUAAGUAGUAUUGAAGAAACAAAUAUUGAAAUACUUACUAACCUAUUAAAACGUAUAAUAAAUAACAAUGUAACAUCUGCUCUUGGUAUCACGCAUAAAAAUUGGGAGGUUUUCUGCAGAGAAGUAUAUAAUUCAUACAUUCGAGAUUUUUUAAAACCUGUUACACAUACUGUUGAAGAUCUCUUAAAUCAAACUAAUCUUGAAAUCGUCGUAUAUCACGGUCACUUAGAUAUGCUUGUUCCAAUACAUAGUACUCUCACGUGGUUGGAAAAU